CUUCUUCGACUCUAGUUUGUGGUGAGGAGAGAUGGCUGAUUAUCCGUCUCCCCACGGAGGCUCGAGCUCUGACGUUUCCGUGGACGAGCUGAACGCCUCCAUAAGAGAGCAAGUUCACGCUGCAGUCUCCAGGUCCGUUCAGGGAGCGCGCUAGCCGUACCUAAGUUAUGACAACCUCUGGGGCUGUCGUAUUCGCAAGGUUUUUUUUACGGUGACCAAUGGCGCAAGCAUUUAUUGGGACACAGACAGAUGGUUUUAUAGAGUGGUCGCUAUAUAUAGACAGGUUUAACUGUACUGACCUCUGCUGCAGGUUUGCGGAUGUACUGGCAGCAGAGCAGAGCGAGACUGAGCUACUGGAGCCAUGUGAGCUGGAGGGCAGGCAGAGCGAGCUUCAGAGGCUGGAGGAAGAGAGGAAGAACUAUGAAGGGCAGCUUCUGAGGUUGCAGGAAGAGGUGGAUUUGAUGGAGGACGAGAUGAGGAGGAGAGAGGAAGGAGGGGGAGAGGUCCUGACUGACAAAGACAUGGAGAAGGCACUGUUUGGAAUUGCUCGGUCUAGCAAGGAAGAGAGCGAGGGAGAAAUGGCUACAGCUUCCAGAGAACACGAGAGAGUCGUUAGAAAUCUCAAGGCUCGAAUAAAAUUAAACGAGGCUUUCAAUGGCAUACAGUUCUCUUCAGCUGAGUGGGAAAUAGCGGCUAAAGAUGAAACUAGCCUCCAUCGGAAGCACAUUCACACUGGCUCCGCCCACGGGUUCCUGUUUCAUGUGGAGUAUCUCGUGAAGGAAGAUAAGAGCAGUGAAGGUGCCAAAGACGGUGAGUCUCCGUCUGUGCUGGCCAGGAUCGUGGCUCUGUCAGUCUCCGUUGAGCCAACCUCCGAAAACGACCUCCAACCUUUCAUUUCAAGGGUUAGUGUUGAUUUUGAUCUGAUGAAAUUCUAUCAGACGUACGUGAAGUAUGCCAUUCUGGUCAACGAGAGACGAGAUUCUUACGCCACUGCAAAAUCAAAGUAUGGGGCCAGUGUUAGAGUGCCAGAUGGACCGGACAGAACUAGACUCAACUACAGAAUGAAAGCAGGACUGUCCCUGUUCUUCUCUUGGACUGUGUCUGUCUCUGAGAGAGGGUUUGUUGACAGCUCACUCGGUCUGCAAGUGAAAUCUCACCGAGAAGUGUCAGACGAGGACAGAGAGACGGUCAGUCACCUUCCCCUUCUCCUGCAGAAGAUGAUUCAGACUCGGGGCCACAGAAAGGCCCUCGCGUCUGUUUUAGCUCUCCUCCAACCAAACCCAGUGACCUCUUGAUUGCCAUGACUGUGCAAUAUAUUCCACACAUGCGUGUAACGCUAGAGACACGUGUCAGCCGCUCCCGGCAACAAGUUAGUGCAAGAAAACCUGGUUGCUUUCGCUCUUAAUGUGCAUGCUUUUCAUGCCACUUGUUUAUUUCUCACAAGAAGGCAAGUAUGCCACUAAUAUCCCAAAAUCCUCAUUAAAAUCUCUGCUCUUUAAUGAUCUUUAACAUUUUUAUAGUCACAUACACCUUUAAAUGAGAAAUACAA